AGCUCAAAAAAGCGCCACCGUGACGAGAACGACCCCUCCUCCCGCAGCAAAAAGCGCCAUCGACAAGAACCACAAGCCCCCAGCUCCGCAUCCACCUCGCAGCAAAACAGCUCCCAUGCCGACGCUCGCUCCCUCUACCACCUCCAAACCCUCUCCCUCUACCUCCCCGUCCCGCCAAUCGCUUCAGCCUAUCCGGCCGAGGGCCUCUGUGCCGAGUUCCUCUCGCCCUUACUCUUGACAUACUACCCGCCCCUCGACGGCAUUGUGCUCAGCUACACCAACGCGCGGCUCUCGGAGCACCCGGACCCAGCCGCGGGCAACAGGACAGCAGGCAGCGGCCCCGUGCUCGCGAAAGCAGUGGACUCGUUCGCGGUUGCGUUUGUAUGGCUGACGGCGGAUUUCGUCUUGUGCCGGCCGCAGAAGAACGACACGAUCCGCGCGUUUGUGCACUUCCAGUCGCAGGCGCAGAUUAGCCUCGUGUUCUUGAAUCUGAUUUCUGUUACGAUACGGUCGGCGCAUCUGCCGAGGAGUUGGAAGUGGGUGAGAGAUGAGGGGAUGGGCGGUGGCGCGGAGGACUACGAGCAGGGCAAGAAGGAGCGGCGUAAGAAGGAGGCGGAUGGGAGUCAGGGAUAUUUCGUGAAGGAAGAUGGGGAGAAGGUGGAGGGGUUCAUUGAUGCGCGGAUUAUUGAUUUUGAGAUUGUGACGACGAAGACGGAGAAGAGGGGGGGAUUGUUGAAGAUCGAAGCGACGCUAGUGUCGGAUGAAGAGGCG